AUGGGCUUCUUCUUCAACAAGGGCGUCAGGGGAGGCCCUCGCGUGUUGCUGAACCUGGCCGCCGUGCUGUUCGCCCUCUUUGUCUUCGUGAAGCUCUUGCCGCAGCGCAUGACCCAGAGCGCCCUAUCGUCGAUACCAAUCUCCUGGUCGGCACUGAGUGGGCAUGCCGAUGAUGGCAGCGUGCCUGGUGGCCUGAGGAUAGUCGUCUUUGGCGAGCUUGAUGUCGGGACACCGGUCGGCGAGGACGAGGAGGUCAAGGGCGCUCAGACAUGGACACAAGCUCUGUGCGAUCAACUCUCGUGCAAUACUCACAUCUCCAUGGUCCCUUCGCCCGACGUGGCCUCCUUUUCCGUCAGCUCCAACGAACUGUACGCUCAGGGUGUCGAGAAAGUCCUCAACGAGACGGCAGACAAAGAUGGACCCGGCCAGGACUACUCAUACCUGUCAACAUAUUAUCCGCCGCAGUGGAAAUCCUCCGACCUGAAGGGCCAAAUCGAUGCUUUCCUCGCCAUGCCAAAGCCGCAGAACCAACCCGGCGAGACGCUCUGGGUCUUCUCAUUUGGCCUGUGGGACGUGUUCUCGUUGUCGGCUCUGCCUGUCGCCACCGCCAAAGAGACUUUGGGAAGCAUGACCAAGGAUGUCUUUGAGCAGAUUGAGCGGCUGCACAGCGCAGCGAAGGACCCCACAUCUAUCGCGUAUUCAGACAUCAACAAGGCUGCAGCCGACGAGCCGGCGGGGGAUCAGCUCGAGGCAAGAGAUGAGGCAGCAGCCGAGAGCCCGGCUGCCAGGAACCAAGAUGUCACAAACAUCGGCAACUCGUUCAAGAUCCUCAUCCCGAGGAUCAUGGACCCAUCCCUGCUGCCCGGGUGGCACGAUGUGCGGCCUCAACUCCCCGUCGCCCACUCCAAGGCGGAACAGAUGCGGAACUCGGCCACGCUGACCAACUCGUGGAACGACGGCAUCAUCAAGGGUCUCAGCGACUGGGUCAAGAAGGGCAGCUCCAAGCAGGAUAAUAAAGACGACAAGAGCCACGAGUUCUAUUUCGACGAGACCCAGCAGCCUAGCGGGCCCACACGCGACGGCUACGCCUACAACCUUGCCGAGUUCAUCGUCAGCCAGAUCCUCGAGCGCCAGAUGCUCAACGCCCACCUUACCGACGGCGAGGGCCGCGGCACCGGCGAGCUGGAGGACGGCUUCCGCGACGUGAGCAACGCCUGCCUGCAGCCCGUCAGCACCGUGGCCGUCGCCGUGUCUCUGGAGAGCGCCGUCACCCUCAACAUCCCCAACGUAAAAGUCGACAACGACAAGCAGGUGCCCACCCAGCCGACGCCCAUCGCUACCGCCGCCAACAAGCGCGACGGGCUCGACAGGAAGCCUGGCUAUGCGUACACGAGUGCCGCGCGGGUGUGCGAGAUCCCUAGUGAUCACCUCUUCUUCACGCCGUUCGCGCUGUCGCAGCGGGCUAUUCAACAAGUGGCGGCCGAGACGGCACAGAUGGUCCGAAAUGGGGACUCGGUGCGGGCAAAGAUGGGGUCAUGA